CCGCCAAACCAGCUCCGAGAGAUUGAUUGACUCACCAACCUUUCGAAAAUUCCCCUCCAAAGAUUCUAAGAUUGGGAAUAGUAUCAUCUCAACUCUAAAUACCUAGUCCGCGACGUCUCGCACACCCCCUAUAAUGGCCACGGUCGAUACAGCAGCUGCUGCUCCGGCUGAGCAACCUCAGACUUCAUCAACCUCCGAUUUCGAUAUCGUCGAAACAUACCGAGGCCUUCUUGCUUCAGACCCAUACCUCACCAAACCCGUCGCCGCCAUCGAGUCCCUAAUCGCUCUUCUUAACGCCCACCCUUCUACCACCGUUUUCGAGAUCCUCGAUACCGUCAAAGCGCACUCCGAUCGUCUCAAAGCCUCCGUUGCGAACCCUGUACCCCUUUCUGCUGGAACAGAUCUCUUUCUUCAGUACCUCGUUUCGUCGCUUCGUCAACAGGAUGGCAGCUUCGAGGCCGUGAGGCAACAUCUCCUCCGAAACGGACGCCUUUUUGCCCAGCGUGCUAAUGCCGCGCGAGAAGGCAUUGCAGACGCAGGAUGGAGGCUGAUUCACGAGGGUCAAUGUAUCCUCACACACGGUGCCUCACGAUCAGUUGUUGGAAUUCUAGAGCGUGCCGUGCAGAACCUCGGUGCAGCGAAGUUCAAGGUUAUCUACGUGCGCGAGGAAACCCGUGUUGAGGAGAGUGAUCGCAUAGUGCGCGAGCUUCGCUCAAAGGGUAUUCCUGUCGCUGAGAUCGCAGAGGCUUCGGUGGCUUAUGUCAUGGGUCUUCUGCGUCAGGUCGAUAUGGUGAUCGUGGGUGCUGAGGCUGUCACAUCCAAUGGCGGUAUCAUCUCUCGAAUGGGUACUCUCCAGCUUUCUAAGCUGGCUGCUCAAGCUGGUCUCCCAUUUUACGUUGCUGCUGAAACACACAAGUUUGCACGCAAGUUCGUUAUGGAUCAACGGGAUAUUGGCUUUAAGCAGGAAAUCCUGGACUUCAGUGUUGAUAACAAGAGUAAGGAUACAGUCGAUGCUGUCGACUUUACCCCCCCUGACCUCAUUUCCAAGCUCAUCACAGAGAAUGGGAUUAAGCUUCCUGGCUAUGUGUUUGAGCAGCUUCUCGAUAUCUAUGGUAGUCUCAACGGUUGAGAGAAAUGAUCAAAGCACUGGCAGCGCCGCGCCCAUUCCAAUCUUAGAGUCAGAAUGGUGUAUUUUCAUUCAUCGAACCUCAUUAUUUGGAACGAUUGCGCUAUUAUCAAGAGUCAUCACGAAAUAUGAGCUCAUGACGGUUUUGGGACAGGAUGGAAUCUCCUUAAAAUGGCUGAUUUCACAAGUGUCACCCUGAAACUUGGAACGGAUAUUCAUAAUGGCUGAUAUCCGAAGGUCAUGACGUUGCAAGAAACAACAUUUGCUAUCAUCACGGAGUAGCUGGUUUCGAUAAGGAGUUCAAAACAUAAUGGUAAAAUAGAGAUGGACAUGAACAAUACAUU